CUGAAUCCCAUCGGCGCCGGGGAAAUUCUGCCCGCCAAAUUCACUACAACCCGUGUCGAAAUUCACAGGUGGCGCUCGUUGAGGGAUGGGUGUUUGGUGCAGUUGUUGAUCAACCUAGAAAAUACGGAAUAAGAUUCACUCAACAUGGCUUCAUCUCUCGCCGCGCAGCUCGCGCAGGUUGCGGCAAAGUCGACCAACCAGUUGGAUCUCAAGGCUCAGCGCAUUUCGCAUUCGCACUCCCUACUCUAUGACCGGAGAGUCGCUACUUCCCAAGACUUUGACACCAUUUACUCGAAAUGCUACAUUGGGUUCAAGGAGCUAUGCCAACUCGACCCUCGAUUCUCCCCGUUCGAGCGCACGAUCUUCAGCCAACAGAGCAUGUCGGAAGACCGCACGGAGAUGACUGCUGCUCAGAACAAGGACCUUAACGCCGUUUUGGAGGCAUUCUUGGCCUUGGUUGGAGGCAGGCUUAUGUUAAGGCCUGCUGUAGAAGCCGUUGACUGGCUUAUCAGACGCUUUCGAGUCCACGAGUACAAUACCGAAUUUACCAUCCUUACAUUCCUGCCAUACUACAAUACGCCCCUCUUCCUGAGACUCCUAUCGAUCUUGCCCGAAGAUCUGACGCCGACCUUCAAAAUCCUGAACCCGUACAAGAAGAGCAACAUCAACCCCCCACGUCAUCCUCUUCUGCACAGCGCUACAACCAAUAAGCUGUUUUUCGCCGCUCUCAAUAGAUAUACCCUUCAGGUUAGCAGGCAGCGGGCGCAUCAUCACGCGCUUCUAUCGUUUUGGGCCGGAAUGAUCACGGAAGCGACUGCUGGAAUGCUGAACUCCUCGCGCACUGGUCGGAGAGAUAUCGAAAAAGAGAAGCACGAGGAUGUCAUACUCAAGGUGCUUCCGGUUCUGAAUGACGGUCUGGGACUCAAGGACGUUUCGGAGCUGGUCAUUGGCUGCUACAUGGUUUGCGUCGUUCUGGCCACCAAGGCUUCGCUAAACGAAGAAUUCCUUGAUUCUCUCAUGGAGGCUGUUGCGGGCUCUUGGACGGAAGAAACCAGAGAAUCAGGUCUCAUCUGUUUGUCUGUCCUAGCACAACACAAGCCUGACACGACAAUUCCCAAGAAAGCCUUCAAGGCACUGCUCCGUUUGGAGGAUCCCGUACAGCGGCUGGCCGAGCUUUCCGCUCAAUACAAGACUUCCCACCUGAUUCUUGGUCUGGUCGCCGGCUGCGUCAACGAUCUCUCCAGACAAAAGAAUUUGGCACGCCUGGAGCUCCUCUCUGAGAUCUUCAAUGCUCGUCUUCUUGAAGAAUCGGACACGGCCAAGGCUAUGUCCCUGAUUCUUCACGCCACUAGCAAUGCGCAUCGGGAGGGUACUUUGGCUCUCGACGCUCAGACUCAACUUGCGGAGCUCGUGCAGCACUUCAGUCAGUCUGACUCCCUGCGACCGAUUUUCCAGAAGACUAUCGAAGAGGCCCAACUCGAUAUGGCUGCGCUGGAACACAACCUCCAAAUCGUCAUUGAAUCUGCACCUGCGCCCAAGGCUAUUGAGGAUGUGGAGAUGGGGGAUGUUGAAGUUGAAAAGGCAGAAGAUCGGUUCCCAUCUGCCCUCGAAUCUCUGGAUGGAAAGAGCUUGGAGGUCUCGGCUCUUAGUGCACAAACACUCCCUGUUUUCGAAAGCCUUGUGCAAGUGUUUGCUCUAGGAGUUGGCUCUGAUGAAAAGCUGGAGUCCUUCGGCAGCUUGCCGUUGUUGAAAAAAACCGAUGCCUUCAAAUCACCACAGUACCUGUCGUUUUUGACGAGAGUAUUAACUGGAUUCUACCCUACUGGUACUAGAGUUGCUGCGUUGAAGCUGAUCUCUUCAUUGUUGUCCUUCGCACCUUCUGACGUCGAUCUUCAAGCUCUGCUGCCCUUCCUACUGGUAGCACUUGCUGAUCCAACUGAGCGGGUUCGACGCGAAGCGACGGACGUUCUGGCAGCACUCAGUAGCCUUUACAAGAAGAAUAAGAAGGUCGAUAUCAAGCCCUGGGCCAACGAAACAUUGUAUGGCCAGCAAACCAAGAAUGUAAAGUGGAUGGCCAGUCGUGAUGCACAGAAGCUCGUGGAGCGUGUCCUCAUUCCCGGCUUAGAGGAAUAUAUUCUCGACCAGGCUCAUAUUGGUCGCGUUCUCGAAGCCACUUUGCGGGGCGUGUCCACAUCCGAUUCCACGGCAACUGAACUCAAGAAGUCACUUCGACUCAGUAUCUUCACCUUCUUGUGCUCUCAUGCUGUUUCUAUGCCUCUUCUUGCUCCCAAGCUGGGAUUGCUGAAGCUUCUAAACAGAAUCGAUAAGGCAGGUGGCACAACCCGCACGAAGGAACUCGAGCCCCUUCUGAAAUCUUGGCGAGAGCUCGACCAGCUGAAAGUCGAGGAGAUUUGUGACAAGGAACGCGUUUCCGUGGCUGAGAUGGAAAAGCAGGUCGUUAUGACAGUUACACCGAAGGAGAAGGAUGCGAUCAUUGUGCUCCUGUCGAAUGUGAGCCCUUAUUCGACUGGCCUCAGACCUUCUUUUGUUGCUUCUAUCUUCAGCCGCAUGAAGGAUAUUUGGGCGUUGGUGCCUGAAGACCGACAAAUCGAGGCUUCAGAGAAGCUGUUUGUCAUCUCGCUCGAGGAGCCGAAUUCUCCACUCGUCAGUGGAUGCAGAGAUGUCCUGCGCAGCGUGCCACUGACCGGAUCCGUGCUUCAAUUCUUCCUGCAGAAGAUCCCUGUCUCCAUUACUGACAUGGAAUCUGCCGGUCCGGCACCGAAGAGGAGACGCACCAGUCAGACUAACAUGGUUGCGAUGACUGUUAAAGAUGAAGCUCAACUCAGCAAGUUAAUGGAGAAGACGACGUUCAUUUUGGAGCUGGUGGACAGCUCGAACCCUGAAUCCCACCCCGAACUAGCUGACGGACUCUUCCAGACACUGGCAGCUCUUCAUCAUUUCAAAUCACAGAUUCAGUCCGGAAUGAGUUACUUGCUCAGCUUGACGCUCGGCAGCCUUUUGGCUAUUGUUAACAAGUCGAAGCAAACAGCUAAGGCUCAAUUUGACACUUCAGUCAUUCGAGCUGAUCUUGUUGUUGAUUGUGUCCGUACGACGGACAGUCCUCAAGUGCAAAACGCAGCACUAUUGCUCGUUGCUGGCCUGUCAAUCAUUGCCCCUGAAUUAGUGCUGCACAGCGUCAUGCCUAUUUUCACUUUCAUGGGCUCUAGCGUGCUCCGUAAGGACGAUGAUUACUCCGUGUCUGUUAUCGAUCAGACUAUCGAUCAAGUUGUUCCGGCUCUUAUCCAGUCUCUUCGCAAUCAAAAGCGCGACGUGGUCUCUGGAACCUCCGAGUUGUUGCUUAGUUUCACCGCUGCUUUUGAACACAUCCCUGCCCACCGUCGUCUGCGUUUGUUCCAUGCUCUGGUUACUAAACUCGGAAUGCUGGACUUCUUGUUCGCUGUUCUGGCCAUGCUGGCCAAUCGCUAUGCUAUGGACAAGGAUGUUCUUGUAUUGAUGACUGGCCUUGCUUCUGAUGCCAGCGCGCCUAUUGAACUCGAGACUUACAGCAAGUUCUUGGACCUGGUCAUCGACUCCCUCAAGCCCAAGCCUGGCAUCUCUCAAGUCCUGCUUGGAAUUGGAAGUGAUGACGGCCGUGAACCCCAGAAAGUCGCUGUUGACUUGCUCCGGUCAUUGGCUCACCUAUUCAAGCACUCAUCGCUGAAGGUGAAAAUGGCAAAGGCUUUUGCAACCGACUCGGAAGAUCAGACAGUUCAAAUCCGUACCCACUUCUCUCAUAUCUUGGAGAAGGUUCUGUUUAUUGGCGAAUCUAUGCAGACCAACAAACCCAUUAGUCAAGCGAACGGCGAUGUCCUCAGUGCUCUGUUCGGCACCUUGUCUCUUGUUGACUUCCUUGAUACUAUCGAGGUUCUUCUUGGACGUCCUGACGAUGAACUUCGCCGGAAAGUUCUCCGACUCUUGGAGGGUCGUUUGCGCCAGAAUCCCGAGACUGAUGGUGUGUCUCAGAACCGCAUGCUGGAUUUCCUGCCUACAUUGGUCAGCAUUGUGGAAUCAUCGCCAGAUAUCUUGCUCAAGCAUGCUGCAGUUGCCUGCAUCGACCGUAUCGCUGAGAAGUAUGGUCGGAAAGAUCCCUUCAAGGUUGCCAGCGCUGCUCAGGUGGUUGCAGGCUCAUCUUGCAUUGGUCAAGAUGAUGAACGCAUUCGCAUCAUGGGCGUAUUGUGCCUUGCCUCUAUGGCUGAGGUGCUUGGCGAUGCUCUGAUUCCAGCGCUUCCAGAUGCUCUUGGCCGCUCCCUUGAGUUGCUGGAAAUGAGCUUGGAACCUGGCAAGGUCAAUUCGAGAUUGCAUGAUGCUGUCUUGUCUUUCUUCUCUGCCCUCUUCGUGCAUAUCCCUUACAUGGUGUCUGCAUCCAACCUUGAUCAGCUCUUGCUACUCUGCCACAAGUCCGCUAUCACUGAGGACAUUGAAGAUGACAGUCGCGAGGAGACUCUCCGACUCAUGGCUCGCAAGGUCGAUGUGGCUGCGACAUUGGCCGCCGUCGACCGCAACUGGCAACACGCUGUGGAAACUGGCUCCGACGCAAUCUUGGAGACUCUAGGCGUAGUCAGCCUUGCCAUUGAGAAACAUCCCAAGUCCGCCACCGUCAACAACCUGGCGGUCAUCACUAGUAUCCUGUUCAAGGCGUUUGACCUCCGCCGCCAGCAAAUGUCCUCCGAUUUCAACGUCGCUUUCGACUCGUCCAGCCUGGAUGAGAUCGAGGAUGUCAUCAACGAGGUCGCCAUCAAGAUGGUUUACAAGCUGAAUGACACCACGUUCCGCCCUAUCUUCACCAAGCUCCUGGACUGGGCCACCUCUACUACUGCGAAGAAAGAUACGCAAGGCAGCCUGGCUCGCCUUACGACCUUCUACAAGUUCCUUCAAGUCUUCUUUGGAACCCUUCAGUCUAUCGUCACCGGGUACGCCAGCUACAUCAUCGAGAGCGUUGUCAAGGUCCUUGCCAAGGCCAGCCCCUCAAAUCAAAACACCAAGAGUCUAUGGUUGGCCACGAUGCGCAUGCUCCGCAAUGCCUUCGAGCAUGACCAAGAUGAAUUUUGGCAAUCCCCCUCUCACCUCACCGCGAUUGCUCAGCCUUUGAUCUCUCAGCUGGCCCAUGCCACAAACCCCUCCACAGCCGCCAUAGUCAUUGCUGAGGCCGUUCCAGCCAUCACUGAACUGGCCGUCGCCGCGGACUCAACCGACAACCACAAGGAACUCAACACGGCGUUGAUGCGUCUUCUGCGGCCCUCAGCCGGCCCCUCCGGCAAGGCCGUUGCCGGUGGUGAGAAUCCUCACACGCGCCUUGCCGCCCUCAAGGCGGAGCAAUCUCUCACCGAGCAACUCGGCGAGGAAUGGCUUGCUUUGCUUCCAGAGAUGUUGCCUUACAUUAGCGAGUUGAUGGAAGACGAGGACGAGAACGUUGAGCGCGAGGUCAGGAAGUGGGUCAAGCAGAUCGAGGGGGUAUUGGGUGAGCGAUUGGAUGAUAUGCUUACCUAAGCCGGUGGAAAGAUUUAACAGAAGGGGAAGGGAAGUGAAGAAAGAAGUCUUGGUUGAGUUUCUUAUAUGAUGCCGGACGGCGCACAUUUGGAGUGGGGGUCUUUCGUGUGUAAAUAUUGCGUUUUGAAAAGUUUCCAGCAUCAGUGUUUGAGUUUUUCUGUGAUGUCGAAUGUUGUUGGUGUUCUUCAAC